UAACAAAAACACACAAAACCUCUUCUUCCCUUCCCUGAAAUGUAUCAGCAUGGCAUCCUCAAGUUUCUCACAGGCUUUCGAUUUUUUGGCUGAGGUUGAGUUUGACAAACUACACAGCUAUGUUGAUGAUUAUCUUUCCAAACAGGAACUCUCUGCAUCCGAUGUUUUGAGAGAUGAAAUGGUUUCCCUCAAUGAUGUUUUGAAAAUGAUCAAGAAAAAUAUCGAGAAAGAUAGAUCCCAGCAACAGAUGAUGAUGUUUUGGAUGGGGGAUGAUGAUGAUGAUGAUGAUGAUGAUGAUGAUGAUGAUGUGUUGUUUAACACCCAACACGUUCCAACGAGCUCUCACAAAGUCAGCGAUGUUGUCUAUAAGAUUCAAGACUUGUUAGAUGAGUUGGAGUACACAGAGUUACUUGAAACUGUUCCAAGUCCAUCUGGUAGAAGAAGAAAACGUCCCCAAGAUUCCAGUUUGAUUGAUCAAAUAAGAAACAUUGCACAACACCUCAUCCAAGGUUGUCUGAAUCGUAGGGUUAGACAACCAAAGAUGAUGAAGAAAGAUAGUGAAGUUGGAAAGCAGCAACAUAUGACCCCCAAUAAACCUGUGAUGACAGUGUCAACAAAUGCUGGAAAAAUCUAUGGCCGAGACAGGGAGAUAGAGAAAUUAACAAAGAUGUUGAGGCAGUUGAGUAUCAGUGGACAGAUUUCAGUUUACCCAGUGAUUGGAACAGGUGAAGUUGGCAAGACUACCCUAGUUCAGUGUGUAUUCAACAGUCAAGAUGUCGCUAAUCACUUCCAUGAAAAAGCAUGGAUCUGUGUCUCUGAAAAUUUUGAUAGGCUGAGGAUCACAAGAGAGAUUCUAGAGUCAUUUUCCACAUACAGAGGUUCCAGAUUUUCACAUUACGCAAAUUUGGAAUUAUUGGAGCGAAUGCUUGAAGUGAAUUUAGCAUCAAAGAAGUUCCUUUUGGUGCUCGAUGAUGUUUGUUCAAGUGAAUGGAUGGAACUCUUGUUAUUUCUAGAAUCUACUGAGAUUGAUUGUGUUAAAAUCAUUGUUAUAGCCAGGGAUCAAAAGUUAUUGAAGGGAAUGGGCAAGAGAUAUGAAACAAUUCUUAAAGGUCUCAAGGAAGAUGACUGUUGGUGGAUCCUUAUGAAUGAUGAUGAUCAUCCUCAAAAGUACUCCGAUGAACUGCAGACGAUGGGCAGGGAGAUUGCAAUGACAUUGAAAGGAUCACCUUUAGCAGCAAAUAUGGUAGGAAAAAUAUUAAGACAAGACCGGAGUGAGAAGCACUGGAAAAAUGUCUGGGACAGAAAUCUGAGGGAUUCAAAAUUUUAUUAUCCAGAUGGCAUUAUGCCAGCACUAACGGUUUGGUUCAGUCUUCUUUCCUCUCAUCUUCAAUUAUGCUUUGUUUUCUGUUCAGUUUUCCCUAAGGGUUAUCAGUUUGAUGUGACUGAAUUAGUCUACAUGUGGUUAGCACAUGGUUAUUUGCCUCGAGCUGAGAAUACUUCAAAGACAGCUGAGGAGGUGGGAUGUGAAUGCUUUAAUGAACUAUUGGCUAUGUCUAUCUUCACACCUCAUCCCUGUUUGCCAUCCUACAUCAUCCAUAAUCAAUUGCAUGAUCUGGCACAUUUUGUUUCUUCAAAUGAAUGUUAUAUAUAUGAAGGUCAAUCACGAAAAAAAAUUCCCAAGAAUGUUCACCACUUGUGUGUGCGAGGCCAGCUCGAACUUAGCGGUGUAUAUGAGAUUAAAAUCUUGCGUACACUUGUGUUAUAUAAAUCAGAAUUAGAUGUACUUGUGCUUGAAGCAGUGAAAAACAUCCGUGUAUUGAUUAUAGUUGAUUAUGAUGUCCAAGAAUUUCCAAAUGUUGUUCACCAACUGAAGCACUUGCGCUACCUUGAUUUACGCCAAACAAGCAUCAAGUCAUGGCCUGAAUCAUUUCCUGAACUUCACCACCUGAAAGUAUUGAGAUUACCAGACACGGAUAUAUUUCUCCACUCUUCUAGCAACCACACUGGUCUUCCAUUUUCCAGAGUAAACCAUGGAAUUGUGCCUGAUUUCAUCAUGCAUUAUGACCUAAAAUGUCCUGUGAAUGAAGAUGUUGGCCAAUGGAUGCACCAACUGAAUGACAUGAGGGAACUAAGAGGAAUCGUUACCAUCAGAUCCCUUGAGAACAUCAAGAAAAUUGAAGAUGUGAGCAAUAUUGCUAAAUUGAAAGAAAGAGAUCAAGUUGAGUGUUUGCUCUUGGUUUGGUCGAAUUCUGGUUCAGGUUGUGAUUCUGAAGUUGCAUUGCAAGUACUUGAAGCUCUCCAACCUCAUCACUCUCUGAAGUAUCUCUACAUUGAUGGAUACAAUGGCUUCCAAUCUCCAAGUUGGCUUUCAACACUUGAAUUACAGAAUCUACAUGAGAUUAAGUUGUGUUCUUGUGAAAACUUAUCAAGGCUACCACAAAUUGGACAACUCCUGUUCCUCAAGUAUCUGUAUUUGAGUGGCAUGGACCAUGUUUUAAUUGAGGGCAGUGACAACAUACAGGUGGUGUUUCCAUCCUUAGAGAAGCUGGAAUUGGAGAGAGUUUCAGUGUCAUUUGAGGGAAUGUCAUUGUCCGAAGCAACAAUGCAAGACCGCAGUUUUUUUCCUCGGCUUCGUUAUCUCCGUAUUUCAAAAUGCAGUAGUCUGAAUGGAUUUCCGUGGUCCAUGCUUUCAUCACUGAAGCGGCUCCGAAUAAUUUCUAGUCCUAGACUCAAUGGACAACUGCCAUGCAUCUCUGGCCUCACCUCUCUUAGAUAUUUGGAUAUAACAACAGACUCAAAAAGAUGAUUCGGUCUUGAUACUUCAUCGGAUUUGUUGGAGCUUCACAUUGAUGACUGGAUUCUGGUUAACCUCUUGGGUUAUAUCUAUCAUCGUUUGUUCUGUUAUUUUCAUGUUAUCAUUUUUUAACUUGUGUAUGUUUACUUAGUAUGCUUCCAUUGGACAUGUUGUUUUCUGUUGUUGAUGCUACUACCGUGGACCUGCUAUGUGAUUUCAUAUCAAAAGUUCAUUAUGUUCA